AUGGUAGUCACUUAUGAUGUUAAUUGUGAACUCCGGGGACAUGAAGGAGCAAUCCGAUGUAUCUCGUCCCUUUCAAAGGAUCUGAUGGUAACUGGUGCUAUGGAUUCCGUAGCACGUUUCUGGCUACGUGACUCAAACUCUGCUGUGAAUAGCUAUUUCACUAUGGAAAGUGCUACUAUUUACGACCAUGAACAUUGGGUAACGGCCAGUGUGGCACUCGAGAAUGGAGGCUUUGCUACGGGCAGCAUGGACAAGAAUAUCCGUCUUUUUGACGUCCAGGGACAACGUGUUGGACUGAUGAAGGGACAUGAGGGAGGUGUUAUCUCCCUUGCAGUCUCUAUGGACAAGAAGCUAUUGUUUUCUGGCAGUUGGGACGGCACUGCGCGAGUCUGGAGCCUAGAGACGCAGCAGUGUCUACACGUACUGCCUGGCCAUGAGAAUGGUGUCUGCGUGCUCGGACUGCCGGAUGGAUCACUUGUUACGGGCUCUACAGGGCAACAAGUGGGCAAUAGUGUAGCGGACUUUAAGUUGCGGUUCUGGACCAAGGACACGUUCACGCUGUUCAAGACACUGAUGGACCACAAAGGACCAAUUCGACAGCUGGCAUUGGUGUCAGAUAGUGGUUUUGUAAGCUGUUCGAAUGACGGAUCGAUUAAGCAUCGGACGCUCGAUGGAGUUGUGGUGGCUAGUAUGGAGCACCCGUUGAAUGCAGAAGGAAAACCGGGCUUUGUACUAGGCGUUUGCGUAUUAAGUAACGGACUAGUGGUGUCUGCGAGUGAGGACUGCACAGCGCGUGUGUGGUCGGUAGAUGGUGCUCUUGUGCAGACUAUUGAACAUCCUGGAGGACUGUGGUGCGUUUCGCCAUUGCCCAACGGAGACUUUGCUACAGGCUGCGAUGAUAAAAUUGUGCGGGUAUUCACACAUGAUCCAGCGCAUGUGGACCCGGACGCAGCGGCUUCAUUCCAGGCAGCAGUAGAAGAAGCUCGGAUCGCCAAGACGCGUGGGCCGAGUGGUGUGGAGAUCGAAUCGCUCCCCAAUUAUGAUCAGCGUGCGAGUGUCACUGGGACUUCAGACAACCAGAUUCAAAUGUUCCGUCGUGGCACGAAAGCGUGGGCUUGUCAAUGGAGUGGUCCUUCCCGAACCUGGAUCGAUAUUGGUGAGGUAACUGGUACCGGCGGCGGAGGUGUUGUUGACGGUGAGGCGUACGAUAUGGUAAUUCCCGUUGAGAUCGAGCUGCCUGGUGGUCUCAAAAAGCUUGAAAUUGGAUACAACCAGGGCCAGAAUCCUUUCACGGUUGCACAAGAGUUUAUCGAUAAGCACGUUCUAGACCAGUCUUACCUCCGCGAAAUCGCUGACUACAUCACGCAACGUGCUGGUGAGUAUCGGCCCCCUGUGCUUGAAAACAACGACAGUGUGAAUUCUGUCUCUAGUGGCACUGGAUCCCAUGAGCCUACUGUAGCUGCUUCUCAAUACAAGUAUUUCCCUGUGUCCGGAUAUAACACCUUCGAAACGACCAAGAUCUCGAAGCUCAUGAGCACGCUGCGCCAAUUUAAUGACAAGAUGAAGGAUACUCAGGACACUGAUGCUCUUACCGACUCUCAGCUAAUUGCUCUUGACCACAUCGUAUUCACCGUCCAGGAUACUGCGUUCUAUCACUCUAGCACGUUUGCCCCUCCAGAGAUCGCGGCAUUGAGAAGUGCUUUAGACAAGUGGCCGGCAAAAUUAGCUUUUCCGAUGCUAGAUCUUCUCAGGAUCGUGGUAGUGCACCCCCAAGGCCCAAUUGCGCUAGGAGAUGCUGGAUUGGGUACGCUUGUCACGAAGGUCCUCAGUUUGGGAUUGCAAGAAGGCCCCAAGGACGGUGACGAUGCAGUUCCUGUUGCAACCCGUAUGCUAUCGCUGCGCGUUCUUGCGAAUAUGUUCCUGCAUGAUGCAGCGCGUGAAGCCGUCCUGAAGCACAAGACUGAGGUGCUGAGUAAAUUGCCGUCAUUCCUGGCUUUCCACCACAAGCUGGUGGCGCUAAGCCUCUCGACCGUUCUGCUCAACUUUGCACGAGCACAAGUAGCGACGCCUGGUGUGCUGUCACCUGAUGACCAGGUCGUCGUGAUUUCUGUAGUCGCAGACCUACUAAAUGGGCCGUACACUGUCCAAGAGCUCGGUGACGACACGAUGCUGCGAUCACUCAUAGCCAUCGGCACACUUGCGCUACAUGGUGACUCGAAAGCUAAGGAAGUGGCAGGCAUCCAUAUCGCCAUCUUUACUGCUUCAAAAGCUACUCAAGUGAAAUCUGUAGCGGUACAACAAUGCCUUGCUGAGCUCCAACAAAUUCUUAGUUAA